AAAAUUUUAAACCCUUUAAGACUUCACGAAAUGGCUUACCAUUACAGUAAUCCUUCGAAUCCUGCUUAUGGUUAUAAGUUUGAGGAAGGCAAAACCACAAAUAAUGGACAGAUUCCGAAGGAGAUACAGCCGAGUAAUUAUACCAGUGGGUGGGGACACCCAGCUAUGCAGAUGCCCAUGGAUAGAUACUAUGGAAAAUUUCCCGCGGAAAAUAUUCCUAAGGCGCCUGUUUUCAACAAUACUGUUCCAAAGGAAGAAGAUGACUUUGAGAGAUCAAUUUCCAUGCCAUCAGAGUAUAAUUUUACUGAAGUUAAUGAUAAACCUUUGGCUGUGUAUCCUGGGACUAAUUAUGCGUAUUCUACUAAGACAGAGAACGAGCUGAGGGCUCCCUCAGCUCGUUCUCAUGAGGAGAGGGAGAAGUCCAUGAAUUAUUCCCCUCCUAGUAAUUUGUUAGACCAGAUUUCUACUAGUGCCAAGCCGGUGAAUUUGAGCACAGAUUAUACAUCAAAAGUGGUAGAUAUCCGCUCGAAGGUAGUCCCUAUGGUGAUGUCAGGAACAGAGAGAGGAGAGUGGAAUUCACAUGUUAUAUUUAAAAUUAAAUCUAAAACUGAUUCGAGUAUUUCGAGGAAAUCUCUGAUCUUUGAACUUACUAUGGAAGAUGACCCCCAAUUCUUAUACACUUAUGAGUUUGGAGAAGGAGAAUGCCAUGAAUUAUCAAGAGUUCAAGGUGUGACUAUUGAAUUUCAUAAAUUCCCAGAGGCAUUUUUCUCGACUUUCUUGGAUCAAUGCAUUGACAAGCGUGAAGAGCACAAUCUUCCAGAUUAUUACAGGUAUUGAACCCUUGAGUUCGAUCAACUAAACAAAUCAGCUAAAUUUACUGUGAUGAAGAAGGAGAAGUAUACACUUAUCCCAUCGGUUUACUUCAUAUUCAAGAGUUCAAGUGAUGAGAAUAAGAUAGCUUUCCUUAGCACCAAUAUUAAGGAUUUGAAAGAGGCAAUUACCUCUCUUUCAGAGCAAUUGAACUCCAAGAUCAAUGAGCUGCAGGGAUCUCACCAGUAUAUUCAAGAAUUACGCAAACAAAUUGAGGAUAAACAUGGUGAGUUUUCUCAGUCUGAAGCAGAAGGAAAAUCUGCAAAGCUUAGAGUUGAAGAUCUUUCCAAAACAAAGGAAGACCUUGAGCAACAACUCAAUGCCAGAACAACCGAGUUAGAACGGAUCAAGGUAAAUCAUGAAGCAGUCACUAAGGAAAGAGAUGAACUCCUCAAAAACAAAAUUGAAAUUGAAGGACAGAACAAAGCUAUGGCGAAUACUAUCCAGAACCUGGAACGUGACUGUUCCUCGAACAAGAACAAUAUCGAGAAGCUAAUAGAGGAGAACAAGGAACUUAGAGAGUUAAAAAUAAACAACAGCAGAGAUCUCACAGAACUCCAGGUCAAAAAUGAGCAUUUGAAUAAAGAAAUCUUGGACAAGUCCCAAUCUGUUGCUGAUAAGGAUACUAUCAUCAAGACACAGAGUAACCAAAUUGACCAACUGAAGGAACAAGUGCAAGGUCUUGACAAGAAGACGAAGAAAAUGGAGUACAAGCUCAAUACAGCUUGCGACCAAAUCACUAAAGGCAAUAAAUACAUUGAAAAAACUCAAGAGAAAAAUAAGGUUUUGAAAGAAAAGAAUUCAGACAUUCAGAAGAAAUUCAAUCGCCUUGAGCAAAGUUCUCAAGAAUAUGCUGAUAAAGCUGAAAAGGAGUUGAAGGAGCUUAGAGAAAUUGCCAAGGAGGCUGAAGAGCUGAGGAGUACUAAUCAGUACUUGAAUAGAAAGUUGACAGAUCAGACAAAACUUAAUGAGAAAUCUGGACUUGCAAUGAAUAAUGUAUCAAAAUUCCAACCCUCAAUAAAUCCUGUGACUACCUCUCCUUCAAGGUUUGAUCCGUCUAGAAUUCCAACAACUGGAUUGAAUAGACCUCCUGCUUUCCAAUCUUCUUUCCUAAGCAAAGCUGGCAACUCAAGCGAAAGACCUCCAGUUGGAUCUGAAAUUGGAAGACCUUCGUUCAGAAACACUCAGUUUACUCCAACUUCGAAUUACCAAAAAUCCCCUUGAUCAAGAUAUUCUGAGAACAGAGCUCCUAAUAUGGAACCUCCUGGCUCUUCUCUGCAUUCAGUGAAUUUCUCAGGAAUGUCUGGAGCAAAUAGCCUUCACUCAAGUUAUAGUGUCCAUAAGGAGCCAAAUAGUCAGAUGUCUUUCAUGCAUACAACGAAGCCAGGGCCAAAACCAACAGAUUCCUCCUCUAAGCCAGUUGAUUAUUCCUCGAAGCCAGCAAACGCAAACUCAUUAGAAAGAACAUCUCAUGAUAAAUCUCCUUUAGAAGCAGAUGCAGGGAGUGAUGAUGACAGUGAUGACAACGAAGAAGGAAUUGUGCCUGUAAAAUACUUCUAA